AUUUUUUGUUCGUUUGGUUCAUUUCCUAAUUAUAUUGCGUAUAUAUGAAUAAAAAGAAACAAUAUCCAAAUUUUAUUUCAAUUUUCGAUAGAACAUUUUUGGAAUUUUCGUAGAAGGAUUUAUUGCAUUUGGAAAUGUUGUUCCAGCUAUCGUUUUGACGUAAUUAAAUCGGAGAGUAUACACAAUUUUUCAUUUACGAUAGUUCGACCUGUUUUUUCUUGUAUAAAUACACACAAGAAUGUCGUUGAGUAAGUCCAGCGCGAGUGACGACGCAAACAAAUGCAGCGUUAAGACGGAUGACUCGACGUCAGCUGCGUCGAAAUCUUCAAUUAAUCUGGUCGUUCGUAAUUAUCAAAACUCGGAUGAGAACUUGCGGGCUCUCUUCGACAGCGUCUUGAAUCCGAGCGAAUCGAAUCGACCUUUACAAGUGCCUUUCCGCAUGCGCAAGUUGCCGAAUUCAUUCUUUACUCCGCCCGCUGCCAGCCCGAAGUCCCCAACAGUGUCACACUCGCGAGCCAAUAGUGUUGACUCCGCCUAUGAUUGUGGUUCCCAACCCAAUAUUAACCAGACUUCGGUGGCAUCUUCUCUAUCAGACUUACAGACAAAUUCAGCAACGGCUGUACAAGUGCAACAACAGUCCACAUCGACAAUUAAUACGCAAUCAGCUGCUUCCACUUCGGCUGCACCUCAAGGUGAACCACGUCUACAAAUUUGCCAUUCACGUGCCCACAGUAGCCCAGCAUCUCUGCAACAAACGUACAACAUACAUGGCGGUGGUAAUGUGGCUGAUGAAACACCAUUUUUGCAGCAGCAGGGUGACGUUGCUCGAGCAGGAAACAAUGCAACAAACGCUCCUGGUUUUCCCAGCAAUUUGCUGGGUUACAACGCGGCAACUGCUGCUGUGGCCGCUGCAGCAGGUCUAAACGCCAACAGCAUAUUAGGAUUAUCUGGCGCCGGAGCCACGGGUCCUCUGCAGUCCUAUCACAUGAAGCAGCGUUCGUACGACGUUAUUAGUCCAAUUCAAUUGCAGAAUGAAUUGGGUCCUCUGCCACCUGGAUGGGAACAGGCGAAGACUCAUGAUGGUCAGAUUUAUUACUUGAAUCAUACUACAAAAACGACACAGUGGGAAGACCCAAGGACACAAUUUAAACAACAACAGACUUUGAAUGCCGCUUCCAACACAAGGGCUAUAAAUAAGACCACCGCUGGAGAAAAUAUUUUGACUGCAAAUAAUCUGGGACCAUUGCCCGAAGGAUGGGAACAAGCAUUAACGGAAACUGGGGAAGUUUACUUUAUCAAUCAUAUUGACCGUACAACAUCAUGGAAUGAUCCACGGCUAAGUGACCCGCGAUUUCCAAUUUUAAUUCAAAAAGAAUUAAAACCCAAAACGGAGAUGAGUUGGGUCAACGCAACAGAAAUCGAUAAAGAUUCUGACGUAUUUAAACAGAAAGCAGGACAGAAAUCAUUGAAUAAACAUAACAUCAGUUUACAUAUGGAUCCCUUCUUAUCUGGCGACAACCACGCUCGACAGGAAUCGAGUGACAGUGGCUUGAGCCUUUCAUCAAAUUCAUUUGCCGUCAAUAACGACUUUAUAACUCAUAUGGAUAAUAGUAUGGACUGUAUAAGUGAAAAUGGCAGCAUUAUAGAUAGUUUGGACACGACCUUACAGCUUAAUGAUAAUAUCAUUAUGAUGAACGAUGUGCUCAACUCACCAUCGAAUAAGCCCGAUAACUUGGAAUGGUAUAAAUUAAAUUAAUUUAUUUGUUACGGCCGCGAUCAUAAACAUAUUUAUACAUAUAUGUAUAUAUAUUUAAUAUGUAGCGGAAAAGUGC